AUGCUCGCGGAACUGGGGGGGGGGACUGGGGGGAAGUUCAAGACUCGGCACUCGGCAGCGGCACUCAUCAGUCCUCAGGAGUCAGUCCUCAGGACUCAAGAGGAGGGUGGAUUGGCGCUCACCCGGAGUGCCAAGCGGGGACUGAGGACAGUGGGGAUUGGGGGGUUGGAUAGUGGGGAAUCUGGGGAUUGGAGAAUGGGGAGUGGGGAGUCCUGCUCCUGGGACCAUGUCGAUUAG